UGACAAUUGCCUGUCAUCUCACUGGCCGUUUCUCUCUUACACAGGCUACUUAAGUAUUUUCAAACAUUUACCUUUCAUUCAAAGAACCUAGAGAAUAUCUUCAAUCUUGCCCGCUCCCUUAAUCAAUGUACGAUAGCUAGCGCUACUAACAAUUUACAUCAAUAUACUUGGAGUCGGUCCCCUGUCUUCCCCAUCUCGAACUAGAUAUGCAAGUGCUUUAGCUGUGAUGAGUUUCUAGAAUGUCAAGUCACACAGUGUAGUGCAUACCAAAACUUACUUGCUAAUACAGUAUACCUAGUUAUAAUCUACUCACAAUGCUCGACUUAUUGUGAUUGGACCAUAGUAUUAUUAUAUAAGCACCCUAACGCAUCAACGUUUCUCCCAUUGUUCUGCCCCGCCAAAAUCCAACCCGACUAAUAACGUGGUUUCCUUGGUUUCCUUGGUUUCCUAUGCGUGGGCAGCAUAUGAAAGAGACAUAUGAAAGAGACGACGUCAGCUAAGUGCAAAUUGCGCCUGACAUCGGUACAUACACUUAUUUUCCGAAUGAUCUCCUCUCUUCUCUAUGGAUCGGUAUAGCUCCAGCACCAUUGCCUCAAAUAACAACAACAAAACCAACCAAAUGAUAUGAUGGAGAACCUAUCCAUUCACGAUCCUCCACCUCAACCAGGCGGCUCGGCGCUGGGUCGCGCGGCAGCAGCAGCAUCAACUGCUGCUACCACUGCUGCUGCUGCUGCUACCCCCCAACCGCAACAGCUUCCCCCACAGAUGUUCACCACUGCUGCGCAGCUACUAGACCUCACCGAUAAAAAGCUUUUGGUGUGUCUACGAGAUGGGCGGAAACUCAAUGGCGUUCUACGAAGCUGGGACCAGUUUGCAAACUUGGUUCUCCAGUCCACAGUCGAGCGCAUAUACGCCAUCACAUCCGACCCCUCGGACCCGCAGCCAAAAGGCCUAUACGCCGAACAGGCCCACGGCAUCUUCCUCGUCCGCGGCGAGAACGUGCUCCUCCUCGGCGAGAUCGACCUCGAUAAAGACGACGACCCGCCCCCGGGCUUCGAGCGGGCCGAGUUUGCUGCGGUAGAGAAGUUGGCGAAAGAGCGGAGAGCGGUGGAAAAGACGAAAGAGAAGAAGAAGUUACAGAAGCUGGCUACGCUGGGAUUCGAGGGCGAGAACCUGGGGGAGAUUAUACUCUAGAAAAAGGCACCUGGGAAUACUGGUUUGUAGGCCCAACCGCUCGGGUCGCGCUAGAGGACAAAAAAAAAAAGGGAAGAAAAAAAUACGCCACGGGUAAAGUGGUAUAUACCCAAGAUGGAUCGGGGGACAGAAUAUUGUGAAAUGUCUCCCUUUCGUCAACCCACCCUAGUACAUAAGACUGGUAGUCUUGCGGACGGGAAUUAGAGGCCUGGAAGACUGCUCUCCUACAACAGCAAACAAUAGCUGCACUCUGAUUGGUGUUGGUAGCUUGUCGUAUUUAGAAAGCACGAAUGUAUUCUUAUACCUACCUCCUAGGUAGCUGAUAUGAGAUAUGCUAUCGGGUUGGCUAUCCUAGCUUUUAGAGAUGCAUAUAUUGGUCACUUAAAACAAAUCCCUCUACGCAAUAAUAAAUCCUAUUAUACCCUCA